GAGUGUGUAACAGCAAAGAGAGAGAGGUCUGUUAGAAUAGUUGGCAAGUGUGUCGGUAAUUUUUUUUUUUAUUAUUUUCAAAAGAGCAAAGCAAAGAAAAAUAAAAUUAAAUAAAAUUAAAGAAAAAAGAGUAUUAUAAUGUCCAAGAAGCAAGCAAGGAAAGAGAGAGUGAGCAAUCUUGGGCUUGAAGAGAAGAACCUCUCCAAUCUGCUAUGAGAUAAUAAAUAUUUAAUGAAAAAGAAAAGAAUUGUUAAAAAGUGUUCAGUUCAUCAUUUUUUUUAAGAAAUUUUUUUAAAGAGAAAGAAAAAUAAAUUACAAGGAGUGUAAAGUGAUUAGGUUCUGUAAUAAUUUAGCAAGCAAGAGCAGUUGGGCAGUAGUUAGUGUGUCUUUUAAAAUCAUACAUUACACCUGUUAGCUUGAGCAGGUAAGCCAAGUCUCUCUCACUCUCUCUCUCUCUCUCUCUGUGCAUGUUUUUCCCUCUUCUUUAUGUUUUCUCUCUAGGUUCAUAGGGUCUUUUUUAAACAUUGUCUGUGUGAUUAAUAAUAAAAAGUUGGAAUUUGAUGCUUGCUUUACUAUUUGUGGAAGUACCCAAUUGGUGAAUUUGAUUUUUUUUCUUUGUCAAAUUUAAGCAAGCAUUUGAUGCUCUUUGAAGGUACCAUCAAACACCCAUUUUAGGGAACUGUGAAUGAAACUCUGUUUCAUUUCAGUUCUUGCAUAAUUCAAGUAGAAUUUGAUGCUUUUUUGACCUUUUUUUGGAAAACCCAUCUGAGAAUAUCUCAAAAGGGCUCUCUGUAACUUCCCUUUUCUUGGAGGGGUUGUUGGGUCUUUGAUUCAAAACUUGAACAACUAGUCAUUUCUUUGUAAGGACAUCUAAAGACACCAUUUUUGUUCCUAAUUCCAUAUUCAUUGCUUAAAGUCUGAGCCUUUGCGGUCUUCCUCCUCAAUUAGGUGGUAAAUGAAGAGAUUCAGGUCUGCUAAUAUCUGUACAUUGAUGUUUUAAAAUGAGUGGAGCUGCUUUCAGGUUCAAGCAAAAGUGAAAAGGGAAUCUGCUUUCUUUCCUUUUGUAAGGGUCUUGUGAGCUGUUAGUUGGCUAAUGCCAUUCUUUGUCCAUGUCUACUUUAUGCUCUGAAAGGUUCACUUUCUUGUCUGUAGGAAGCAUUUUUCAAUUUCUCCAUUGAAUAUUAUUAGAGUAGACUUGAUCCUAGUGAUUUUUGAAAGAUGAGGUAAAUAGAUGAUGCUGGGUUAGAUUUUAUGCUUGAUGCAUUGGAUUUUCUCUUUUUCACUUUGUGUCUUAUGGGAUGCUACAAUGAGGUGUUUCUUUUACUUUAGCACCCUCUCAGUUCUAUAAAGCUGCCAAAGAUUACUUGUUCCUUGUUGAGUCCUGCAAGAUAUCACCAGCUAAUUUUGGUCAAACUCACUUUGCCUUUAAAUUUUAUAGUUCCUUCUGUCUUUUUAUCUAUAUUUAGUCCUGGUCUUGGCUAACUGCUGGGUUGGGGUUUCCACAAAUUCAGAUAUAGGCCUGUCCCUUAGGAUUUGGGAAUUAAUCUUUUGAAUCUAGAAAAUGGGUACUAGUGAAGAUAAUAAUGAAGGCAUGGCAUUUCAAAGUGGAGGAGAAAGUGUUAUGAAUUGUCAAUCUUCAGGAAUGAGUGCAAAUCCUUUCUUUCCUCCUGCUUGGGAUCCAGUUGUUUCACUAAAUCAGCAUGAGAAUUUUGGAGCUUCAAUGGUGUCUCAAAGUGAAUUUACCAAUUCUCAUUACGCUAUUGUGAUGGAAAACCAGGGAAUCAAUAGCUCAUCCCAUCUUGUCCACUACCAAUCUGAUUCAAGUUACGUUGAGCUGGUGCCAAAGUUUCCUUCAUAUGGAAGUGGGAGCUUUUCAGAAAUGGUUAGCUCCUUUGGUCUCACUGAUUGUGGCCAGAUUUCCAAUUCUGGGUGCCAUCCAAAUUAUACUUCGAACAGCGCGGCUAACAAUGAAAGAACUAUAACAAAUAGCGCACUAUCUCAAGAGGAUCACCAAUUAUCAGAAGAGCCCGUAGUAGGAGUUUCGCCUGAUGGAAAAAGAAGAAAAAGGUUGGCUGAGCCCAGUUCUCCUUUUGAUCCAAAUAAGAAUGCUGAAGAGAUGCAUAAAGAUCCUUCUGGAAACAGCUCUGAUAUUCCAAAAGAACAGGAUGAAAAGAAAUCAAGAACUGAACAAAAUACUGCUGCUAAUUUGCGAGGUAAACAGGCAGCUAAACAAGCUAAAGAAAAUUCUCACAGCGGAGAAGCUCCCAAAGAGAAUUACAUUCAUGUGAGGGCCAGAAGGGGUCAAGCUACCAAUAGCCACAGCCUUGCUGAAAGGGUGAGAAGAGAAAAGAUCAGUGAGCGGAUGAGAUUGCUGCAAGAACUUGUUCCAGGAUGCAAUAAGAUUACUGGAAAAGCAGUAAUGCUAGAUGAAAUCAUCAACUAUGUUCAAUCAUUGCAACAGCAGGUCGAGUUUUUAUCAAUGAAACUUGCCACUGUGAAUCCAGAGCUGAACAUUGAUAUUGAGAGAAUUCUGUCAAAAGAUAUCCUUCAUUCAAGAGGUGGCAAUGCUGCAAUCAUGGGAUUGAGUCCUGGGAUCAAUGCUCACCCUUAUUCACAUGGAAUAUUUCCACCAAACAUACCAGUUAUUCCAAAUACAAAUCCACAAUUUCCUCCUAUGCCUCAUUUGCAGACUGUAUUAGAGAACGAUCUUCAAAACCUUUUCCAAAUGGGAUUUGAUUCCGGUUCUGCUAUAGACAGUUUGGGACCAAAUGGGCGCCUGAAACCGGAGCUCUAAUAUCUGGAACAGACAAAAUGCUCUAAUUUCUCCUAACAAAGAUCAUUUCAAGUCGAUUUGCACAUUACAGUUAUUUAGGGAAAACAGAAGCUAUUUGGUUGUAUAGGUUGCAGCACCUAACUUCUUGUUCUUCGAAUUUUUAGCAGAAGAAAGGUUACUUGUUAGAAUCACACACAUGUAUAUUUUUAGACAAGAAAGGAAACUUUGAUUGGUUAAGUUCAGUUCUUUUUUUUUAUCUUUUUAAUUUCUUAAGCAACUGGCAUUGUGAAUCUUAGAGGAAAUUAUGAAUGAAGCUCUUUUUUUUCUUCUCA